AUGCUGGCACAGUUCCAGUCUCGUACUGCAAUAUUCAAUGCAGACGAAUCGAUCAAAAUUCUUGAACAAUUUCAAUGGAAUUGUUUGGAAGCAAUCAACUAUGUACUUGAAAAUGUUAAUGCUGUUAAACAGAAAUCAUCGAGUUUAGUUUAUAAUAGUAUUCCAUUAUCUCUUACUAUUGAUCAAUCACUCAUUCCAAACGAAUGUCUAAAUGAAUUAGAUGGUGUUCGUCAUUUUGAACAAGCAUUUCAGGAUCGUCAUCCAGAUGUUCAUCGUUGGCCAAUAUGGUUUAAAUCAUCACUUGAAAAUGCUAUUAAUCAAUCUCAUAGUCCAUUCGCUGUUUUUCUCAAUCAUGAUAAAUCUGCUUAUGCUAUAAUAUUUUCUCGUCAAAUUCUUUGUUCAUCAUCUAUUUUAAAUGUUUUUCAAAAGUAUAAAUGCAUUCUAUGGCCAUGGGAUGUGACUUAUCCAUUAAAUAAACAACGACUUAUUCAAAGAAGUGGACGUGCUCGACAGAUUCUUGUCGAAUGUCUUUCAUAUUAUACUGAUGUUGAUAAUUAUCCUUUAUUACUUUUGCUUAGUCGUCAAAACGAUAAAAUUGUACUACUUGAUAUUAUCAAUGGACAUUGGGAUUUAGAUCAAACACGAGCUUGUCUCGAACGAACACUUAAUCCAGUUCUUGAACAAUCUAUUAUACCUAUUAAUGAGACAUCAUCUCUUUCACCAGGUUGGGUUGGCGGUCGUACAGCAGGAAAUAUUCGUCGUCAUCCUUCUUUCAUCACAACAUUUCGUUUAAGUCGACCUCUUCGAGCAGUUCAACGACCUUAUUAUACUUCAUUUUAUCAAAAACACCAAGAUAUACCAGAAAAGAUUAUUACCAUGGAAGAAGUUAAACAAUGGUUAAAUAAAAAAAAUAUAAAUAUUACUAAUCACAAUUCUCUUUCAAUAAAACAUCAAGAUUAUCAAAUGAAAUCUUCAUCAUCAAAACGAAUCAUUUCACCUAGUCCAUCAUUAUCCAUUGUGACAAAAGAUCAAAAUCCGAUUGUGUAUAUGUCACCACGUCGAGCUGGAUCUAUAGAUUAUUCCUUGCCCAAAACUGAAUCAUUAUCACCAAUACAAACAAAUGAAGACUAUUCUGAUGAAUCAUUGAAUAAUACUAAUAAGAUUAGUAAGAGAAAUUCAACAGUAAAACGACCGAUGAAUGCAUUUUUAUUAUGGGCUCGAGGUGAACGAAAACGAGUAUCUAGUGAUGGUUAUGGUGUUAGUCAAACAUCAUUGAGUAAACUUUUAGGUGAAACAUGGCGGAGAAUGCCCGUCGAAGAGAAACAGCCAUUCUUAGAUAUGGCUGAAACAUUAAAAAGACAACAUCACAUUGAUCAUCCCGGCUAUAGGUUCAAACCAAAACAACGCUCGUCAACCGCGAAUAGAACAAUAGCAAAGAAGCAUUUUCUACCUGACCCUCAAGAACAAAUGUCAAAGAUGAACUCUUCAUCAUAUUAUUCAACUUCAUCUUUUCGUUUUCUUCAAGGACUACAACAACAACAACAACCAUUAUCAUCUACCUCGGAUGCUGCUCCUCAUAAUGUAGCGCCAACAGUUCAAGCCAUAUGUCAAGUUAUUAUUUCAUCAUCAUCAUCGUUAUCAUCUGAUAAUAACAAUGAUUGGCUUUCAAAACUUAUUGGUCAACCUCAAACUGUUAUUGUUGCACCUCCUUCUCCUCUUCUUCCACAGAUACAAACAUCUCCAAUUUUAUCACGUCGACCUGUACGUAUACAAAUUAUAAAUAAACAUGAUGACAUUGUUGUACCUCCACCACCACUAUUACCUAUGACACCUUCACCAUUAUCAUCAUCAUCAUCAUCAUCGAUUACUCUCGAUGAAUCAACAUCAACAUUAAUCGAUUAUCUUAGUAAUACUUCUAAUAUGUUCAAUAUACCUAACAAUCAACCAGAAUUAGUUCCGGUUCUAGAUGAUACAAUUGGAUAUGAAACAUUACAAGAUUUAGCUAAUAAUCAUUUAAUGGACCUCGAUCAACCUUACAAUAAUAGUGGUUGGAUCGAUACACCUUUAUCAAAUUUUACUACUAAUGCUACAGAUAUAAAUACAACACCACCAUAUUUAUCUUAUGAUUUUUUAAGCCUUUAA